AUGGGCGAGACACUCUCGGCACAGAAGCUGCUGGAGGCUGCGCGAGUAGUUCCAGAGAUUUAUGAGCUACGUCCGGAUUAUCGAGCUCUCCUGAUGGUGGUUGAGGGUAUUCCUGCGGGUCCUAGCGAUGACUUCAGUGAAAACCUUCUACAGGAGGCUGAAUCUUCUAUCAAAGACCUGCUCUUGAAACAUCCCAUCACCGAGUUUCCACAUAUCGCCGCAUGGAGGGAUGCUUACAAGGCUUUUGGAGCUAAGCCUAAUAAGACACGCAACAGCCUAGAGGCAUUGACACGCCGUGCAGAGCAAGGCCUACCGCGUGUAAACCGGUUGACGGACAUUUACAAUGCUAUUUCCGUCAAGCAUCAAAUUCCACUGGGCGGCGAAGAUCUCGAUAAAUACGAUGGAUCGCCGUUUCUGAUCCGCGCAACUGGGCAGGAAUCAUUCCAGACAUUCUACGGUGGGGAGCCACAAACCGAGCUCGCAGCACCUGGCGAGCCUAUAUGGUGUGACGAUACUGGCAUCACUUGCCGCCGCUGGAACUGGCGACAGGGCCCGCGGACAGCAUUGACUGAUGACAGCACACGUGUUUUGUUUAUCUUGGAUGCAUUGGAGCCGCUUUCUGACGUUGCUUUGGUUCAAGCUGCCGACGAGCUUGCCUCGGCAUUGAAACGCUUAUCCCCGGAGGUGAAAACGACGUACCGAAUUAUUGGUCCUUCCGCUUGA